AUGAUGGCAACUCUAUGAGAUGCACCUCAACAUUAGCGACAGUUGGAAUUACUUACUUUAUCAUUAAAAAAAUAAUACAAAAUUACGUUGCAGAAUAUUGUUAAGAAUGAGUUAUCGUGGUAUUCCAGCUGGAUAUGAGGACGACCAGGAUUUUAGUUGCCUCUCCGACAUGGUGCAGAAAAUAACGGUCGUACCAGACAUCACUAUUGCUGCUGGGCUGAAUAACGAAAACUUCGAUCGCAGUCUCAACGCCGACGUCGACAGUUGGUUUCACAAUUACAAGGAGCAAUGGAAUUCAUACAAACGCACCCCUCAUGCUCUACACAAUCUCAAAGGGAUGCUUAUGAUAGAUCCGGAUCCCCUUUUGCUUGCCUUAAAAUUGAUUGCAAAUUGUCCAGGAUGUAAUAAUUUAAAAAACAAAAACUUGGCGUUAUUUAUAUUGGAAACCAUUUGUGACCUCCAUAAACAACAUCCAGAGAUAGCAGCUAAAUGUUCUGACAACACGCGCAUGGUUGCUUUCAACUUUGUGAAGACUUGCGGUAUAGUGCCGCUAUAUAAAUCUGUGAUGAUCACGUACGAACUGAAUAAGAUAUGUGAAAUGUUGGUGCCUAAAAUAAAGGAAUUAAUAUCACAAGGGCACUUUAAAGAUGCUGCAUAUUGGACGAUGAAUUUGCAAAUCACACACCUUUUUGGCAUUUUCGAUAUAAUAUUCCCAUUAAUUUUACAAGAUAAAGUGCCACUGGCAGAGAAGUAUCUUAACACUGCUAAGGACUUAGCGUUGCCCACUGUGCAAUUCCUUGAUUCCCUACUGGAUAAACAAAAGACUGUAUUUGAACAUUGUGAUGAAAUAUUAACAAAAUAUGAGUACAAAGACGUCAAACAUAAUAUUUUAACGUAUCGCCCAAUGUCCAAGUUAGUCACACGCUUGGCGAAGACCUACAAAAUUGACAACCAUUUCACACCGAACCUCAAUUUCACAAAGGCUUGUUCGUAUAUGCAUUUUCUGUGGCAUAAAUAUCGCGAUGGUGGCAUGAGCUGUGAUGCAUAUCGUGAGUUGGCGCGUGAUGCCGCCACUACUAGGCCCUUACAAAUGGACUUGAUAACUAAUGUGGCCUCGUAUAGCGAUUACGAGGAAGUGAAAUAUUGGAUAAACUAUUUUAACAUACCACUCGAUGAAAUAACAGAUGAUAUACGCGAAAAUUUGCAACGGCGACGACCUUCAGAAAACACUGUUGAGAUUCAGAAGUUAAACACCAGCAAUGAAACUACUAGUGCCACAAAUAGCGGUGGUGCCACUAACAAAUCAAAACGUGCAAAUUCAAAUUCAACACUACCUAAUAAUUAUUUAACAUUAGCGCUACCCAUUGAUGCUGUUAUAUUAAUCGAUGAUCGUGCGAAAUUCCACGAAAUGUUAGAAUACUUGCAAGGACAAUUGCUCAUCGCAUUCGACUCGGAGUGGAAGCCAUCGCUUUGCAAUGAGAACGUCAUCUCACUCUUACAAAUAGCUACGCCGUAUCGUGUUUAUCUCUUAGAUUGCCUCUCGGCACAACUUGGCGAGGAAUUAUGGCAACAGCUCGGCCAACGAGUGUUUAACAAUUUGGAGAUUUUGAAAGUCGGUUUCUCUCUACAUCAAGAUUUACGUAUGCUGCACAAAUCCUUGCCGUUGCAAUUGAAUUUGAAUACGAAAACCUGCUAUUUGGACUUGCGUGAAUUAUGGCGACGACUGAAGUACCUACAAAUUGUGAAAUUCCCUUAUGGUUGUGGCACCGGUUCCGGUGGCAGCUUGGGUGCAUUAACUGAAUUGUGUUUGGGCAAAAAAUUGGACAAAUCCAACCAGUGUUCGAAUUGGGCAAAUCGACCGUUGCGGCACGAUCAAAUUAUAUAUGCGGCUUUGGAUGCGCAUUGUUUGCUGCAAGUGUACCAAGUAAUUGCCGAGAUACUCAUAAAUAUAGGCCUAGAUCUUGAUGAGGUCAUUAAUGAGAUUACAACUGGCAAAACCGGUUACUUAUUUCGCAUGAAACGCGCAUUCACGGAACACCAACACAAUGACAGCAGUGCGUCUGCGUCUGCCAAAGGCAUAAGUGCACGAGUUCCUGCUGUCAGCACCAAUUUUGAUGGCGCAAUUAGCACAAAAUUCAUCUGCGAUAGAAUGCUGUAUGGACUGUCGAAGGAACUGCGCAAAUUGGGUAUUGACUGUAUGGUGAUAAUAAAAGAUAAUUUGGACCACUAUGUGAAUAUAGCCAAGAGAGAGAAUCGCUACAUACUCACACGUGACGCGCGUUACGAUGUAUUCCUCAACCUAUUGCCACAAACACAAUGCCUGCUCAUACCUGAUGACUCGAGCGUCGAGCAAGCGUUAAAUAUACUGCGUCUAUUGGAUAUAAAAAUCUACGAGCACAAUCUAUUUACGCGCUGCCUCCACUGCAAUAGCAAUGAAUUCAUUUUGGCAUUGCGGCAUGAAUUGCAGGUUAUGCGUUAUGGUCAGGUCUUAGAUGAUGUUAAGCAGUUGAGCGCUGCGAAUGCAACGCCAUAUGAGCGUGCAUUCAAUCUAUUAAAUGUGAAUGAAGACAUCUUAAAAUCAAAAACAACCUAUCGUGGCAAGCCAAUCAAACUGCAACGGAUUAAUUCGCAUAUAUUGCGUUCGAAAGAGCAUUUUUACAUAUGUGAUAAUUGCGGUAUUUGUACUUGGGACGGUGCGCAUUCAAUACACGGCAGUGUAAUGGAUUUGAUCCGUUACAACAACUGUGCAACAGAUAAUGCUGCUGGAUUUUAAGCAUGGAGACCUUGUGACUGACUGUUUUUUUCUUUUUGCAUUGAGUGGUAUUAAGUUAACACUAUAAAUAUUCUUAUUGUUUUUUUUUAUUUAAUAAGCAUAUUGAGUUUUAAACGUCAAAAUAACGGGUGAGGCGAAAUUUUAUAUUUUCACUUCUCGUCUUUUAAUUUUGCCUGAUAAAGGCAAAUUUCUUAGAAGCAAGCCAGACACACCAUUGAAAUGCAAGUAUAUAUAUAUUUUUUUAGUAAUCGCGCUCUCAGAUACGCCGCUUUAAAAUCAAAAUUAUUUUUUAAGUCAUAAAUUUAUGUUAUAUAAUUUAGUCAGUAAAAAGUGAAAAUUAUAAAAUUGUGUAAUUAUCAACACCGUUAUUUUGACGUACCAAAGCUCGCUACAAGUAUCUUUAUAUACAACAUACAUAUAUGUAGCUCUAUAUUUGACAUUAUAUACCUUUGUAUUUGUAGACUUGGAAGUGACAUUUUUAUUUUUUUUUUGCCAAUUACAUUGAUGUAUGUAAUCAUAUUCUUAAAUUAGUACAAAAUCAAACAAUAUUACAAAUAAAUGAAAGUACAUUGAAAUGAAUUGAGAGUACAUGAAAGAAACGAAAUACAAAUUAAAUAAUACAUAAUAUAUAUGUAUGUGUGUAUGUUAGUCUGGACGUUCAAUAUAGCCCUAACAAUUUAUUAGUAUGCAAUAAGCUAGCGUGUGAAAAUCUCAAAACCCAUAAGAUGUAUAUGUCUGUAAUAAAUGAAUUUAAUAAAAUUUAUGUUACACUUUA